CAUUCUUGAGCCUCUGCGAGCUGGCUGGUGUGUCUGGAUGGAGCUGGCCGACAUCCCCACAUCAGCUAAGCCUUUCCUUGCUUAGCCAUUGCUGCUUUUCAAAGCCACAGGAGCUGGGACAGUGAAAAGAGGAGAGAGAAAAGUCAGCAGCCUCGCAUGACUUGGAUUCUGGGGCCGCACUGGGUGUGUUGAUCCCAUCUUGGGUUGCCUGGAGCCAGAAACUGGGAAAAGGGAAGGGUGAGAAAGGGCAGGGGAAGAGAGAGUCACCUUUUAAAAUCUGGAACAGGUACUUCCUCUCCCCCACUCCUCUACCUCCUGAGGGCUCCUGUGAAGCCUUUAAUGCCUUGAGAAAUUCAACAGGGACAGCUCAUCUGCUGUCUGCUGUGGGGCGGAGGAGGAAAACGUGCACCUGUUUGCAUUCUGUCUGUCCUUCAGCUGCAAAGGUCCCAGAGGACAGAAGUGUUGGCCGCAGACUUCUGGCUUCGAAUCGCUCCCCUCAAACCAGCCUGCGGCCUGGAGCGUUUCCCUGCUUCCCAAGUGACCCUCCCUGCUGCCCAGGCAGACGGCAGCCCCCUUGGAGGGCUUUGCAAUCUUUGCCCAAGUCAUAUUGUCCGUUCCUGCUGCUGCCGCUGUUUGACUUUCCGCCCGAUAAUGGUGCUCAGGGCAGCUCAGAACAGCAAGACCGAGAUUAGAGCAAAAUGCAAUCAAAACAAACAUAAACGCAAUUCGAUGUAAACCUGCCGAUGCCGCGAACAGAGAUGCGAAGAACACGAGGGCGACAGCGUCCACAGCAGGUUCUGGGCACUGCUCUUAAAAAAUGGCAUUGCAGAGUUGGGAAAAAUCAGGAAAGGGCAAUGGAAAGGACCUGGGGGCUGGAGCAGCUGCCCCGUGAGGAAGGGUUUCCCCUCUUGGUUAAGCUUAAAACGUUGGGCAAAAUCCCGGAGGAAUCCUGAUGGCCAAAUGCGAGCUGCAGGAUCGGAGGUGGCAUGCCUGGGCACACCAGUUGCUGGGGAACAUGGGUGCGAGGGAGCUGCCACACUCCCCUUGCUGGUGGGUUUCCCGAGAGGAGCAGCCAUCGUGUGAACCUCGGACGCUGGACUCGGGGGACCUCCUUGCAACCCGCUGCGGCUUGUUUCCUGUCCUUUGUGCAUGGCUUUCGUUGUGCGAGUCCCAUUAAGACCCGUGGGGCUUACAGAAUCAUAGAAGAGUAGAGUUGGAAGGGGCCAGGAAGGCCAUCAAGUCCACCCCCCUGCUGUUGCAGGACUCCAGUUCACACCAUCCCUCUCAGGCGGCUGCCCAGUUUCGUCUUGAAUGUCCCCAGUGUGGGAGAGCUCCCCACCUCUCUGGGCAGCUGGUUCCACUGGCGUAUUGCUCUGAAACCGGUUUGCUUGUGGAUUACUCAGGCCAGGUAGAUGAGCAGCACAAAGGAUGCCUUGAAUUUUAUGACUGAAGGCUGCUGAGGUUGGCAGGAUGCCUUCAGUGAACGGGCCCGAGAAGGAAUGCGUGGCCACCCAGAUCCUCCGGCAGUUGCCCCUGGCAGACAAGACGUCGGUAUGGGGCACUCUGGGAACUAUUAGACCCCACCUGAGUUUCGAUGUGGAGAAAGAUGUCCAAACUCUCCUUGGGACUGUCAGUGGCCGAGGAGUUGACUACAGAACCAUCAUUGACCUGCUGACAAACCGGAGCAACGAACAGUGCCAGCAAAUUGCCAAAGAAUUCCUAGAUUUCACCAAACAGGACUUGCUGACGACGCUGCAAGCAGCCGUCCCUGCGAACCUGGAGGGCUUUGUCGCUGGACUGCUGAGGCCGGCAGCUCAGUACGAUGCCCAUGAGAUCAAGGCAGCCCUGAAGGUACAGCGACUGGCCCGAAGAAGCCGACCUCCUCUCGCUACAAGUCAUCACCCAGCCCUGCGUCUGGAUUGGGGUGCGGGCGUUUGGUCAGCCCGGGCCCGCCAUUUUCCGGGGUGCCCUACAGUGGUUGCUAGGCAACCACACGCUCCUUCAUCCUCUCCUUCAUCCCGUGGGCACCAGAAGAGGGUGUGGAGUUGGACACGGCUUGGAAGUCGCCCGUGCUGUGCCUCAAACAGACGCUUUGCUCUGCCCCGUCCGCCGAUAACGCCGCUUCUAGAUUUUGUUAUUUUAUUUUUGACCUGCCAAAUCACACAUAUUCUCUGGGGCCCAGAGGUAGAAACACUUACUGAAAUCCUCUGCACACGAACAAACCAGCAACUCCGAGAAAUCUUGCGUUUUUAUAAGAACGAUUUUAAAUCGGACUUUGAGAAAGAUGUUGCUUCUGGGACCAGCGGCUGGUUGAAGGACCUCCUGGUGGCCUUGAGCCAGGGAAAACGGGAAAGAUACUCCGGAGUCAUCGACUACAUCUUGAUAGACCAAGAUACAAAGGUGAGGUACGGCCUGUGUGGGGAGGUGGGCCGAGCUUCAGUGUUUGCUCGCCCUGUGGAAGGGAGACCUUCCCCGGCAGAAAAGCGCUUCCCGUGCAGCGUGAAAUACCGGAGAUGUGAUAAACUGAGAGCAAAGAAACUUUGGGGCAGCUCUGAAGAAAGAAGGCGGACACAGAACAGUCUGAGAACGAAGCGUGCGCUUGUGGAUGCAGAUGGUGGUGGCCAUGCAGGCAAGCUGCAAGAGAGUGAAUGGGUCAGGAUCCUAACCCAGCGCAGCCCCGAACAUCUAAACCGAGGCAAGACUGCAUCUGCAAUGCCUAGAAUUGCCUUAUCUAUCUGCUGCGAGAGAGGAGAGGUUGUGUUUAGCCAUGUUGGCAUCCUAUGCAACAGAUUCAAAUGGACUCGGAAUGAAUUUCCUAGAAAUCUGGAGUCACGAACCCCUGAUGUGGCUCUUCUGCUUAACCAGUUAGCGUGCGAUGUGGGAACAAUUUUCUUUUUGGGAACUUGGGAGCUGCUGAACAGUAAUUUGGUACUUUUUGAAGCUCACCCCAUGUGGCAAACAGACAUUUCCUUACUAGCUGAGGAGAUUCACAAAGUGUUCCUUGUGUCAAGACUGAGGCUGUGGAGUGACAAAACUAAAAGAAUACCGUGUCUGUUAGAAACAAGGUCAGUGCAACUGGCCGGUUAGUUUGGGAAGCCUUCUUGAAAUAGUGUCUUCGGGGCACGUGGAAAACAAGGCAAAGGACCGUCCGGCUCAUGGACCAUCCGGCUGGCUCCGCAGGCACCCCUGCCCUUCCAGGAGGCGCCCUGCUUUGCAUUUAUGUUGCAUUUAUAACCCACUUCCUCCCUGCCUGGGAAGAAGCUUCUCCUCCUCCACAUUUUAUCUUCACAACAGCCCUGCGAGGUAGGGUAGGCUGAGAGACAGCGACCGGCCUGAAGACAGCCGGGGAGCUUCUAGGCUGAGCAGGAUUCAGAGCUGGUGUUUCCCGAGUCCAGACUCAGCACUGCCCCCCACCAUGGGGUGCUCCCCCCCACCCCCGGCACGGCCUGGGCUUGCUUUUCCCCUGGGUGGGAGUCUGGCUGGGUCAGCAGCUCGUGGCUCCGAAGGGGGAAGCGAAGAGCCAGCCGUCCUGCCCCGGGAUCAGAGGGCUGUUCCGCAACUUCACUUUGUUC